AACAUUUAGCGCGAACUUUAAUACCAACCGGAACAAACGUAAACAGAGAGCAGCAGCUGCUGCUGCGUGUCAACUAACUAUUACCAGUUAUUUAAACUCUUCUGCGGGAGUCACUUCACCACGGUGACUCUCGCUAACAAUACUCUUAGGUAGGCUCACUGUUACAGUUAUUAUUUCAUAAAGUAGAGCAGCUUCGGCCAUGAGAGGCUCAGCUGUGGACACGAAGCCCGCGGAGCUGCGAGCUGUCUCUGGGUAACACGACGGUAGCAACACGGAGAGAGAGCAGUGUGACAACCACGGCGAGGAGACAAGCACAAUGAGAAGGAGUCUCGCCCCCAGUCAGGUUGCUAAACGGAAGCAAGCAGGAGAUCCGUGUGAAGAUGAAGACUGGACAUGCAGGACUGAAAAAAGACGAAAAAGUGACGCAGAGGUGCGAGAGAGCCACGUUUCCCCCUUCAGAAAGCCUCUGACACAGCUGAACAGCCGGCCUGCAUGCAUGGAUGGUGACAAACAUGAGGCAUUUAUUCGAAGCAUCCUCUCCAAGCCUUUUAAAAUUCCUAUUCCAAAUUACACAGGCUCUCUGGGAAUCAGGGCGCUUGGUCUAAAGCGUGCAGGAGUAAGGAAAGCACUUCACGAUCCCUUCGCAGAAGAUGCUUUGGUUCUUUAUGAGCCCCCGAUUCUGAGCGCUCAUGACCUGAUCAAAGCUGAAAAAGAGAAACUACCUGUCCAUGUUGUUGUGGAUCCAGUUUUAGGAAAAGUACUCAGACCCCAUCAGAGAGAGGGGGUGAAGUUCCUGUGGGAGUGUGUGACGGGCAGACGCAUCUCGGAGUCAUAUGGCUGCAUCAUGGCUGAUGAGAUGGGCCUGGGGAAGACUUUGCAGUGUAUUGCCCUCAUGUGGACCCUGCUACGCCAAAGCCCAGAUGCUAAGCCGGAGAUAGACAAGGCCAUUGUGGUUUCACCUUCCAGUCUGGUCCGCAACUGGUACAAUGAAGUAGGAAAGUGGCUGGGAGGACGUGUCACACCGGUGGCCAUUGACGGAGGUUCAAAGGAUGACAUUGACAGACAGCUAGUGAACUUCAUCUCUCAGCGUGGUUUGAGAGCACCGACCCCAAUCCUCAUCAUUUCAUAUGAGACAUUUCGACUGCACGCUGAGGUUCUGCACAAGGGCAAAGUGGGCCUUGUGAUCUGUGAUGAGGGCCAUCGACUGAAGAACUCUGACAACCAGACAUACCAGGCCCUAAACACCAUGAGUGCCCAGAGGAGAGUGCUGAUAUCAGGGACUCCCAUCCAGAACGACCUGUUGGAAUACUUCAGCUUGGUCCACUUUGUUAACACUGGGAUCCUCGGUACAGCCCAGGAGUUUAAAAAACGCUUUGAGCUUCCCAUCCUCAAGGGCCGAGAUGCAGAUGCGAGUGAUAAAGACAGACAGACCGGAGAGGAGAAACUCAAGGAGCUGAUCAGUAUCGUCAACAGGUGUUUGAUACGGAGAACAUCUGAUAUCUUGUCUAAAUAUCUUCCUGUGAAGAUCGAGCAGGUCGUGUGUUGCAGGCUGACUCCUCUGCAAAAAGAGCUCUAUAAGCGCUUCCUAAGGCAGGCCAAGCCCAUUGAGACGCUACAAGAGGGCAAAAUAAACGUCUCCUCACUGUCUUCCAUCACGUCACUCAAGAAACUGUGCAAUCACCCAGCGCUCAUCUAUGACAAGUGUGUGGAGGGCGAGGAAGGCUUUGAGGGAGCGCUGGAUCUGUUUCCACCCGGCUACUGCACUAAAGCUGUGGAGCCUCAGCUCUCUGGUAAAAUGCUGGUUCUUGACUACAUCCUGGCAAUGACAAGGACCACAACUAGUGACAAAGUGGUGCUCGUCUCCAACUACACUCAAACCCUGGACCUCUUUGAAAAGUUGUGCAGAUCCAGAAGCUACCUCUAUGUUCGACUGGAUGGCACAAUGUCCAUCAAGAAAAGAGCCAAGAUAGUGGAAAAGUUCAACAGUCCAUCUAACCCGGAGUUCAUCUUCAUGUUGAGCAGUAAGGCUGGUGGAUGUGGCCUGAAUCUGAUUGGUGCUAACCGCUUGGUUAUGUUUGAUCCCGACUGGAACCCAGCCAACGACGAGCAGGCGAUGGCACGUGUGUGGAGAGACGGCCAGAAGAAGACCUGCUACAUCUACAGGCUGCUCUCUACGGGGACGAUCGAGGAGAAGAUCCUGCAGAGACAGGCCCAUAAGAAAGCCCUGAGCAGCUGUGUGGUGGAUGAGGAGCAAGACGUGGAGCGUCACUUCUCUCUGGGAGAACUCCGAGAACUUUUCACUCUAAAUGAGGAGACCACCAGCGACACACACGACAAGUUUCGCUGUCGUCGCUGCGUGAAUGGCAGGGAAGUCCGUCCCCCCGCAGAGGACUCUGACUGUACCAGUAACCUCUCCCAGUGGAACCACUGCUGCGACAAAAAGGGCCUGAGGGACCAAGUGCUGAAAGCCUCCUGGGACGCUGCUGUCUCCUUCGUCUUCCACCAGCGUUCUCAUGAGGAUCAGAAGGGUGUAGUAUAGCAGGAGGAACAAAGACUUUCUAUCAUGCUAAUACGUGUGCUGUAUAUAUUUAUAUUUAUUUGUUCUUUCUUUUUAUUAAAACAGAAAAAUAAAGGAGAAUGAUUGAUUGGUAACUUCUUCACAUAAAAAACUGCUCGGUGCAAAACAUGUUGCCCAUCCUGCUCAGCGGGCUUUUUUUUGGGAUGUUAUGAUUUGCUAGGCUGUUUUAGGCUUAGUAGGUGGAGACUGAGACCUUGCUGGGCAGCCCCUAGACCCUCAGGGGACAUUUUAUGUAUCCUAGUCAACAGUCUUUCCCUUCAUUUGUGUUUUAGUUAUGAGGUCCCAAAACCAGCAUGUACACGUCACACAGCACCAAUCAUACACCAUGCUGACUCUGAUGAAUAGCCUGCCACCAGGGCCAGUCUCCUGUCGGGGGUUAAGGGUUGUGCUGUGGUUGUGUGUGUGAGCGCAGU